AUGCACAAAGGUUAUGGUUCUUUAUCUCAUGUGAUUGAAAAUUUGAGUUUAUACAUCUCCCUCCUUAAUGAAGGCUUUAAGGGUUGUGACAGAAAUAAAGUUUACAGAAGUCGUGUUCCUGCGAUAAGAAAUAAAGAUGUGACCUUGCAGUUGUGUAAAGCUCUUAAAUGCUGUGUAAGUGUGUCGGGUGCGCUAAGGAACCUGGAGCUAAAUGGGCUAGUUGUUAGAGAGAGCGACUUAACUAUGUUAACAAAGGGAUGGAAUAAAUUGGCCACUUGGGUGCACCUGUGUCUUGCGAAUUGUCCACUUGGAGAUGGAGGUUUAGAAAUUAUUUGUCAAGGUGUAAAGAACUCUACCACUCUUAAGACAGUAAACUUCACGGGAUGUAAUCUGACAUGGCAGGGAGCAGAUCACAUGGCCAAGAUCUUAAAGUAUCAGACUACCAGAAGGCAUGAAGAAACCUGGGCUGAGAGUCUUCGUUCCAGGAGACCUGAGCUUGACUGUAUGGCUGGUUUGAGGAGCAUCACUCUGAACUGCAACACGCUCAUUGGUGACCUGGGUGCAAGUGCUUUGGCAGAAUCUCUUAGUGAGGAUUUAUGGCUUAGAGAACUCUUCCAAGCUUGUUUGUUCCUGGAGAAAACAUGAAUGUCAUAGAAGAAAACAGAAUGCAUUUGUUUCUUAUCAAAAAGAUUUAUCUGAUGUAUUAAGAGACUUAGGAUCAACUAAGAUAAUCCUUUAGAGAAACAAACCUCAGAGAACUGAUUCCUUAAGAGACUUUGGACAGCCUGCUGGCACUCUGGAAGACCUGGGCACUGAGGAUGGAGAAUCAGCCUGCAGCCAUGAGUUGGGAAAAAAGUUCAGAAAAGGAGAAGAGGAAGGACAACAGCACAACCUGUAAUCAUGACAAUGGUGAAGAUGGUUACAAGUGAAAUCUUGGCAUUGGCUUUUCUGAUAUUAAUUGUAUUUUUUUUGAAAACCAUUCUUGUAGAAGAGUCUUAUUAGAAAGUAAUUUCGUAACAUGAGUUCCUGUUAGUACUGCAUUGACAGACCUCAGCAUGUUAUCUGAGUAGCUUGGGGUCUGCUAAAGUUUAGGUGUUGCUAUUCCAGACCAGAUAGUCUACAUGAGCCCUUAAACUAGGAAUUCAGAAUGAAGAAAUUAUUUGAGAAUAGUAGAAUUAUAUAGUUAAUAAAUUGUGUGUAGCUUUAACUAAACAAUUAGAGUUGAUAUUUCAGCCUUUUACAAUGAGCAUGUACAGUCAUCCCUCAUUAGGUUGUUGGAAUAAUGAUUACAUAAACCUGUAUGUUAGUUAUUCUCCAUUUGCUGAACACUUCCUAUCCAGCUGUAGAGCUGGAAGCAUCAAAUAGAAGAAGAUGAGAUAACCCAGCAAUUAGGUGCCACAGGAAAUAGGCACCACCCCUAGGGCUGGGAGAACCUAAAGAGGCAAAGAGAGGCUACUGCCUCAGAACAGGAACUUGGAGGAGACUCCUCCAGAACAAGAAGUUAAAAAGACAGAGGUAGAAGGAAGAGAAAAAGAGCAAGAAAGAAUUAUAGUUUCUCCCCAUCUCCCAUCUACUAAUCACCUACCAGUAUCUCCUCUUGGUGAAACUAAAUAGAAAACCACUGGUAAAGAAUCUGAGAACUACAUUUUGUAGAUUCCCACAACAGAUUACAAAAAAGUAUCAAAGGAUAAUUGGGGGACUGAAAGAGAACAGGUAAAUAUCCAGCACCCCUCACCAAAGGGCCCCAAGAAAGUAGUCACCCUGUCUCUGUGAUGUCUCCAAUUUCUCCAUCUCCAUAGUUUCUUCCUUUCACAGAUACAAGGCAAUGACCAAGGAGGUGUCUUUCCUCACUUACAGCAAAUAUCACUGUCCCAGAAGAAAUCCUUUUAACAUUAAUAAUCCUUUAACCUCCUCCUGCCCACAUUUGGAUUAUCUAUAUAUCCUAUGUGUAAUCAAAAAUCAUUUUAUAGAUCAUAGAGGGUGUGAGGACUGGGGCACUUUUGUAAUAGCAUAAAGCAUUUAAGCAUUUGUUUUUAUUUUUCAUGUUAAUCAAAUAUAUAAGCAUGCAAAGGAGAUUUACAAUAAUAAGGUCUGUAGGGGAAUUGGGGAAAAAAUUCUGACCCUGAUUCCUUCCAUACUACCGGACCCAUUCUUCUAUAGUUUUUAUCCCAGUUUACAGCAUCACCUUUGAGCAAGAAAGAAACAUGGGAAUCAUAUUUACCUUUACUUUCAUAUCUUUUCAGGCAUCGAAUGCUGUGGAUUUUUCUUCCUGAAUAUUUUUCAAACAUGUUUCAUCACCAUAUCUACUACACAUUAGACAUUCAUUCUUUCUUGCCUAGACAAAUACAACAGUUUUCUCAAGUGAUAUUUGACUUUGUUUUCCUACCUUCCUCACUCCCACUUCCAGAAGGGAGCCUGAUUCUUUUGAUUCAACCAGUUGAAGUAGGCAUCUCACCCAGCCACUCUUAUUGGUCUAAGGGUGGGCCCCUGCCUAAGAUGAACCAGGCUCUCCCCCAGGCUUGGACCACUUCUCUCUUGCUUCUAUUGAAUGGGAAUAAGAAAGCAUGUUGACCCAUUUACUUCUGGGCAUCAUUUUAUAACCAUGAGGAUGCACAACAUUAGAAGAAAGUUAAUGCUUUGCACAGAAGAUUGGAGACACAGAACAAUUGAUAUUUUUCUUUGAACUAGUGACUCCAUCGACCGUGGAGACUUUGCUAUGUCUAGCCUUCCUGUUUUGUGAGACAGUAAAUUUUCUCAUUAAAUGCAUUGGAGCUUUCUCUUACUUAUAGCCAAGAGAAUCCUAAGUGGUUUGUUUAAUUGUCAUCUUCUAAUAUUUUCUAAUAAUUGUCAUCUUCCUAAUAUUAAUUGUCAUCUUCUAAUAAUGUAGAUUUAUACUUCUAAAGGUCAUUUUUACUACUUCUAACCUGAAAGAUCCCUGCUGAUUAAAAAGUUUUGUCAUAGUCAGUGUUUGGAAUACCAGUCUGUACUGUAUAGGGAAGGGGAAAGUGAGGUGGGAGAGUGAAGGAUUUUGUCAAAAGAGUGGGGGAGUGUGGGAGAGAAUGACCAAUAAAUAUUUCUCAUACAUAAGGAAACAGAAACUCAAACAGAUGUGAAUACUCUAGUUAACAUGACCUAUUGGGAAAGUUCCUUGGGUUGUUUUCAACCCAUAAUCUUACCUGGGUCACUAGAAACUAUAAUGUUUUCAAACAGUUGGCCUGAGGUCAGGACAAAUUCUGCAAUCAUACAGUUGAGUGAAAUUAAUGUAAUGAUGGGAAAUCAAUAUUUAUCUCAUUAAAUUAGCACCAUCUUAUGAGCUAGUAGGGUAACUUGGCAAUAACUAGAAUUUCACCAUCAAGAUAAGAUUUACUCUCUGAGCCAGACUGACCUCUGAUCAUGGAAGAGUAUUUUAUGGCAUGAAACAAAUUAGAAUAUCUUGCCUCUUUUUCACCUAAUCUCUACAUUCCAGUGUUAUUUCAACCUAGAUUUUUUUCCUGCCUGUGACGUCUUCUUCUUCCAACACAGAAAAAUAUUCUUAUCGAUAUGAUUCACCCUGAGAGAUUCAGUUUGAUCAUUUAAGACCUUUCUCUUCCUUGUUUUGAAUAAAGACUAGAAAAGC